UGCAAGCAGCAAGAGAAAGAACUUCAUAGAGGCCAUUUGAGAGGGAGAGGGAGAGGGAAAGCGGGAGAGGGAGAUGGAUGAGGACCCGAAAGGGAAGGACAUGCCGCCGUCGUCGUCGGAGGUCCGGUACCGGGGCGUGCGCCGGCGGCCGUGGGGGAAGUUCGCCGCGGAGAUCCGCGACUCGGCCCGCCACGGGGCCCGCGUGUGGCUCGGGACGUUCAACACUGCCGAGGAGGCAGCGAGGGCCUACGACCGGGCAGCGUACAACAUGAGGGGCCAGACGGCGAUCCUCAACUUCCCCCACGAGUACCCGUCGUUGGCGAACUCCGCCUCGGCCUCUUCCUCCUCCCCUUCCUCUUCUUCUUCAGCACGGAGGGCAGCGGAGGAGAGGCCGCCAGGCGGCAGCGGGCGGGGGAGGCCGGUGUUCGAGUUCGAGUGCUACGACGACAAGCUGCUCGAGGAGCUUCUUGAGUACGACGAGAAGGACAAGAAGUGAGGGAAGGUCGUGUGCUGUUUCAGAAUUUCUUUGUGCAAUUCAGGCUUGAGAGAUAAGUGUUGCUUCCUUUCUCUACAGGAAAAUCUAUAUGAUUGGAUGUGAAGAUGAACGAAAACCAUAUCUUUCUUGAUUAUGUGUCUACCUGUUGUUUUAUUUCUUUUUCCUUUGCUUUUUCUCUGUUUCCUUUCUGAGUCCAAAAGCUCCAAAAGCUCACAGAUUCGAUGCUUAGGUGUUAUCUUCUAGACAAGUAAGAUCGCUUCGUUGAACUUCUCUCAUGUCACGUACCCCAGUUACUGUGAUCGGUAUUGGCUUUUCAAGGUGCUUCUGAAGGUUUCUUUA